AAACCAGUCAAACCACUUCCAAAAGUUUUCGUGCUUUUAAUGGCAGUAAGCUUUGGAAGUGUGAGCAAAAUGGGCUUAUUUUGGGGCCUGUGUAUUAUUUUCCUGUUUCUUGUGGCAUCAAAAGGCAUUUUGUGUUUUGUAAAUGAUGAAAUGUGUGGAGUUAACCUGAAACUUCAGGGCUUUGCCGGGCCUCGGGUUGUUUCCACUUCCAAUGGUGACACGGGUCCCCCCGGCUCUUGGCCCUGGAUGGUUUCGGCUGGAGAACUGUCUUCUGAAGGAGUCUGGGAACAUCGUUGUGGUGGAACCAUAAUUGCCUCCAAUCUGGUACUUACUGUCGCUCAUUGUGCUUUCGACGACAGAUGGCUUAUUCGAACUGGAGAUCGGGAUUUGAAUUCGAGUUUCGACGAUGCCAAGGUGAUUACCCGCAGGAUCAAGAAGAUCCAUGUCCACCCCAAGUAUGUCUAUGAUCUGACAGCUUAUUACGAUGUGGCCAUUUGGGAGUUGGACGAGGAUGUAGAGUACAAUAUCUUUCAUCGGCCAAUUUGCUUGCCAAGGGAGCCUUCGUUGGACUUGGAUAAAUAUGAGGGGGAUCAGGUCACCGUUUUAGGGUGGGGAUUGCAAACAUCCAAUGGGGGCCAAAGUGACAACAUCUUGAAACAAACUCCGGUUAAAGUGUUCUCUAACUUGUUUUGCAACACAACCCAUUCCAAUUUCGACUCCGAUAUUCUUCAAUUCCGGACCAAGGCCACGUUGCCGAAUCUUUUCAAAGAUCACCUAAUGUGUGCAGGUUACGAAUUGGGCAAUUUUGGAUCGUGCUCAGGAGAUUCGGGAGGCCCAAUUGUGCGUCUUUUGACCACGCCGCCCAAUAUUCGUUACAUUCAGGUUGGAAUCGUGCAAGGUGGCGUUGGAGACUGCGGAGAUAGCCGAUAUCCAGGGAUCUACAUUCGCCUGAACGACCCCGAUAUCCUGGCGUUUAUUCAAAGCGUUGCUGAUACAGGAUCUCCUCCUUCAACAGUCCGAACAAGUCCAGCCCCCGUUCCAGUUGUUACUAGCUCUGCUCCACGUCCUAUCCAAGAGAACCCCUCACGGGUUGGCCCAGGAGCACUUGGCCAAGGAAGUGUUGGUUCUGGAGCCAUUGGCUUAGGAAGUUCUAAUUCCGGUGGUUUCUUCGCAAACCAAGCUUUGGGUUGAGGUUUUCAUCAGAAUGUUUUUGGAUAAGGUUGUUGAUAAAUGAACUAAAAUAAUCAAUAGUUUUGAAAGUGACGCUUUAAGGCAAUGAAAAGAAAGGUGUUGCCUGUCGGAUUUUCUUUCUUCCCUUUUUUUUUUGUUCCCAAGACAAUGAAUCAUUAUUUGAGAAGCGACGGACGGCAAUCCGUGUGGACAAGAAUAAUUUUAAACUUUCAUUUUUUCUUCUUUUUUUCUGUCGCUCAUGUUUUUUAUUUUGAAUAAAUUCUGAUAUCCUGUUA